GAAUAAAGCUCUCAACGUUGGAUAUCUCGGCUCUCUUUACGAUGAAGAACGCGGCAAAAAGCGAAAUGUAGUGUGAACUGCAAGUUUUCGUGAAUCAUUGAAUCUUUGAACGCAAGUUGCGCUUUCAAGUUUAUUUUUCCUUGGAAGCACGUCUGUUGGAGUGUCUUUCAUAUACAUCAUUUAUUGGGAUGCAAUACUCAAGUAGAUGGAUGGGAAAUGACUUGAUGAUCAUUGAAUCGAGUAUUUCGACACGAGUUGGUGAUGAUAAGUUUAAUCAUCAUUGUAUUUUCUUUCAGGGAUUUGUUCAUNAGAAGAAGACAGUAGAGUACAUGUCUUUAUUAUUUGAGAAAGAUAUUCAUUCUAUUUGUGAUGGAUUUAAAGUGACACAUGUCAUUGUUUUCAAUCAUGAAUAGAUUUGAAAGUCUUUCCUCGAUAUAAUGAAGAAUGAAAAACAGCAUGGUCAUGAAACUAGGAUAGGUAUUGAAAGUGAUGAGAAUUGAUAUCUAUUUUCAUCGUCAUGAUCAUUUCCUAGUUUUGCAGUCUUGUUGUAUGUACGUAUAUAUGUACUUUACACUGUUCUCUUCGUAGACAAUUUGCUAUUAUUGAGACCUCCAAUCAGACGAGGUUACCCGCUGAACUUAAGCAUAUUAUUAAGCGGAGGAAAAGAAACCAACUGGAAUUCCCAUAGUAGCGGCGAGCGAAGUGGGAGUAGCUCAAUUUGAAAAUCCUUUUUCUUUUUGAAAAGGAGAUGUAUAUUUCAAUGUUUUCUAGUAUUUGCAUGAAAGAAAAAGCAAAUUUCCUGGAAUGGAAUAUCGUGGAGGGUGAUAAUCCCGUUUAUCUUUUUCAGUGUCAUGCGUUACGAUACUAGGAACGGUAGAGUCGGGUUGUUUGGUAGUACAGCCUUAAUGAGUUGGGUGUUAUAUAUCAUCCAAGGCUAAAUAUGAAAGAGAGACCGAUAGCGAACAAGUACCGUGAGGGAAAGAUGAAAAGGACUUUGAAAGGAGAGUGCAAUAGUACUUGAAACCGUUGAGAGGGAAGCGCAAUCUACCAGUGUUUUUUUAUAAAAUGACCCUGGAAAUC